AGAAGAAAUAAGACUUACAGAUGUCUUGUAGUCUUUUAACGCGCUUUAAUCCGUGUGGAUGUAUUUUACUCUCCUCUAUCUGUCCCAUACUAAUCGAUAAUAUCUCAAAAUGUUCGUCAAAUCUUUCGUACUACUUCUUCUGAUUAAUCUUGCGAUGACCGAAAUUCCUUCGUACAUUCAUAUAUGUGGUCGGAGGAAUCCAAAAUUGAACGAGUGUAUUCUUAACAGCAUCGAACAAAUUCGAGAUGAAUUAAUAAAAGGAAUACCAGAAUUAGAGGUCCCAUCUAUUUCUCCUUUGAUCUUGAAUGAUCUAAUAUUCGUCGAUCAACCAAAUGUUCAUAUAGAGGCAAAGAAACUGAUAAUCCACGGACUUGAAAACUAUUGGCCGUUAAAUUUGAAACCUGAUGUCGAAAAGCAACAAAUCGAUGCCACUAUCUUGUAUCCACAGUUAAAUAUCAAAGCUGAUUAUGAUGUAAACACAAAAAUUUUAGUUCCUAUCGUUGACCAAGGAAAGAUCACGGCAGAUAUAAAUAACGUGACGGCAAAAGUAUUGCUCCGUUAUAAAUUAAUAGAAAAGGAUGGUAAAAAAUAUAUGUACUUCUUUUCGAUGACAACUAAACUGAACUUCAAGGAUAUCGCUAUAGAUAUUCAACCAGAGAAUAACACCGACAGCACCUUAACAAAAGCCUUCAACAAUUUCUUCGGCAAUAAUAAAAAUGACAUAAUCACUAUUAUUCUACCAAGCAUAGAAAAGAGUAUUUCGGAGAAUAUACUCAAAAUUAGCAACAAUAUGGUUAAACAUUUCCAUUAUGAUGAAAUUUUACCUGAUAGGGAAUAAAUCUUCUUUUCUUUCUUUUCUUCUUUAUCUUCUUUUUCUUCCUUUUAUUUUUUUCGAAUAGUCAAAAGAAUAAAAUCGUUUGUUAAGAAAUUUGUAUUAACUUCGCACGAUGUUAAUGUUACUUUUUUACCAGUACGAUAUCUAUCCUUAAAUCUGUUUAAUUUUUUCUUUAAUAGAAAAAAAGAAGGGGGAAAAACGAAUGAAUGAAUAAAUAAAGAAAUAAAUAAAUAAAUAAAUAAAUAAACAAAUUUGUUAUUAUUUAACGAAGAUCGAAAAAAAAAAGAUACAGGAAGUGACUCAAGAUGACACAAUAUUUAUGCUGAUGCAAGAACGACUGAUUAGUAACGUCAGCACAGGUAGAAAUACAAUGACGAGGUAUAUAGAUAAUGUAACAUCAUCAUGACCUUGGUUGAUAUCGAGAAGUAAUCGUUCAUCCUUUCGUUCUUUCGUUCGAGAAGAAAUCUUUUUUCCAAAUAGGUCAAUUUCUUGUCCGAUCUUGUGAUAGCUUUAAUAAAAAAAAUCUUGAAUAGAACAUUAUUAUUAUAAUUGU